UAGUGUAUGCUCACCACUUUGCUCUAAACCAUUAUUAUCGCUAGCUAAGUGCAUCUUUUACGGGAUACAGCAUAGAGGUUGGGACACAAGAAAUAAGCAAAACAGCGGCAAUAUGAGGGCUCCUCGGAGACCGAUCCACGUUGUGUUAACAUGGCUCCGGCGACAACCUCCAAAGGUGAAGGCUUUCCUGGCCGUGAUCACCGGCAUGGCGGCGUUGGUGCUGCUCUGGGCUGUUGUCCACGAUCACGACAACAUCUUCAUCGCCGCUGAGGCCGUUCACUCUAUCGGAAUUGCCGUUCUCAUCUAUAAGCUCAUGAAAGAAAAGACUUGCGCCGGACUUUCACUCAAAACCCAGGAGCUCACAGCAAUGUUUUUGGCCGUUAGAUUGUACUGCAGUUUUGUCAUGGAAUACGACAUACACACAGUGCUUGAUUUGGCUACCCUAGCUACAACCUUGUGGGUUAUUUAUAUGAUUCGUUUCAAUCUAAAGUCAACUUACAUGGAGGAUAAAGACAAUUUUGCAAUAUAUUAUGUGGUGGUCCCUUGUGCUGUUUUAGCUCUUCUAGUUCAUCCAGCUACAUCACACCACCUCGUAAACAAGGUUUUCUGGGCUUUCUGUGUAUACAUGGAGGCAGUUUCUGUGCUACCUCAACUCCGUGUCAUGCAAAACACCAAGAUUGUUGAACCGUUUACUUCUCAUUAUGUAUUUGCGCUGGGUGUUGCAAGGUUCUUAAGCUGUGCUCACUGGGUUCUACAGGUUUUGGACAGCCGUGGUGAUCUACUAGUGGCAUUGGGCCAUGGUUUAUGGCCACCGAUGGUUCUAAUAUCUGAAGUUGUUCAGACCUUCAUCCUAGCAGACUUUUGUUACUACUAUGUAAAAAGCGUUUUUGGAGGACAGCUUGUUUUGCGCCUUCCUUCUGGAGUAGUAUAGCUGUUGAUAAUAGCAUCACACUUGACUGGAAUUAUGGAACAUAUCACUUUGUUCGUUUUCCUUUAUUCUUUGAUCUGUACAAUGUUCUACAAAAUUCACUCUUGGAUAUCUAAAUUCAGUUCAUUUUCUGGAAAUGAUGGUAACUUAUAGGAGCUGUGAUCUUUAGCAAGAAUGUCUUUCACUUGUACACUUCUCCCUUGUUUUUACCCUGAAUGAAUGAUUAAUGCUACU